AUGAAAAUCAACAGUGUUGUUGUUUUAAAAGGAAGGGCCGAUCUAGAUUUUGUGAUUGGAAUUUCUAACAAUAAAGCGUGUCGUGAACUCGAAUUAAAUGAUUCGAAUGAUGUUAAUUUAUUUAGCUUUAAUCCAAAUGUUUAUAAUAAUUUCAAGGUUUUACCAAGAUUCGUCAAGUAUGGAUCUAUAAACGUCUCACAGUCUAAUUCAACCAAUGCAACUGAUGCGUUGAUCAAAGUACAAUAUAAUUCAUUAGCAAAUGAUAAAAUUCAAAUCACACAAGAAACAUAUGGAAAUUCUUAUGCUAUAAAAAUUGUACAAGUAAACUCAAUCACUAUGUUUGGUCUUAGUAUACCACCUAGAUGUAUAGUAGCGAAUAUUGACAUCACUCUACCAUUAAUCAUGGAUCCUAAUACUAAUGAAACAACAUUUCAUACGGAUGAUUUUGAUAUAACGUUUGCAGAGAAUGCUAACAAGUAUAACCAAUCACUAACGAUUAAUAAUGAAGAUUCUAAGAUUCAAUUUAAUAAUUUAUCCGCCAAAUCAUUAGUUAUUAAUUCUAAUGCUGGUUAUGUAAAUGGAACAAUCACAGGCAUCGAAAAUAAUUUUAGUGUCAUUGCGGAUGAUGCUGAUUUAAAUCUAAGUGUUGGAAUUGCUGAUAAUGCAAAGUCUGCUAUGGUUGAUAUUGUAAAUGAUGUGGGUAUAAUUUCAACAAAUUAUCCACAAGAAGUUAAAAUAAGUGACAAUGAACAUAAAGCCAAUGACAUCAACACAUCCAAUAAUAGAUUUACAAACGGCUCUUUAUCAAUUAAAAAUGAGGAUGGUGCAGUUAAUGUUACAUUCUAA